GGAACAGCAGGCGCAAUUAAUGGGGCGGUAAGGUGAGGCAAGCGUGCCAGCAGGCAGACAAACGCAACGUCGUCAUACGUCUUCUUCAGGGCUUAUUCGAGGUCAAGUGCUGGAUAUUGACUGGCCACUGCAGACUACAAAUACAUACCGGCCCAUGUCAAGGAGGCAUCUCGCAGUCCCAACGGGAGAGCCUCACUCGCGUCGCAUUUACUUCAUAUUCCUCCAUCUUCUAGGCUGUCAGGCCGCACUGCACCAAGCGCUAGACAGCAGACGUCACGGCCCACCAGCUGGCAGUUACAGCGCUGCAACUCAAGAAAGGAAAAGGCCGUUAGGUCGUGUCUGGCGACUAACCCCUCACUCCGUCUCAAGCUUCGCAACCCCGCCAGCCCACGCUUUCCACUCCAAUGCCACAGGGGGUGUGAUAGUUCCACCAACAAGUGCACUUCCGACUUGACUACACGGCAACAAGUCGAAUCCCAAGCCGAACAGCGCCAUCCGCCGAGGAGGGGAUAGAAAGGCAGCUGUUCACCCCUCGACUCUCACCUUAUCACAGUCACCGGAUACAUAGCGUACCCCUCCUCUCCGCCCGG